GCCAAUCAAGGUGGGCGCCGGGAAAUCUGUUACCCCGCCGAGUUGCUCUGGUCCUAUCUUGCUCAUCUCCUGCGUGUCGCGGCUUUUGGGGGCUUAAGUCAUGGCGGACCUAAUGGAAUUGCCGAAGUGGCGCAUCAACGCCAGUAUGGUGCCUCAGUUUAUCGACCGGCCAGUCUGCUUCGUAGGACGUCUGGAAAAGAUUCAUCCCUCUGGAAAAAUGUUUAUUCUGUCAGAUGGAGAAGGGAAAACUGGAAACGUUGAAUUGAUGGAGCCACUUAGUGAAGAAAUCUCUGGAGUCUUGGAAGUAGUUGGAAAAGUAACCCCCAAGGCAACAAUCAUGUGUACCUCUUUCAUCCAGUUUAAAGAGGAUAUUCUUCCUUUUGAUCUUGGACUUUACAAUGAAGCUUUGAAAAUUAUCCAUGAGUUUCCUCAGUUUUUUCCAGUAGGAGCUGUGGAACAAUCAUGAUUGAUUUGUUGUUGUUUUAUGAUUUCAAGUGAAUUAUAUUGAAGGGAUUCUCAUCAGUCUCAUCAUUAUGUUUGAAGGAAAGCUGAGUCUUCAUUCUCAUGCUUUUGUUGACUUUUCACGAACUGAACUUUAAAUAAUUUAACCUAAAGUUAGUUUUUGAUGAAACGAGAAUAUCGGGAUUUUUUUUUUUACUAAAGUCAUUUUAUUUCCCCUCCCCCCAAGUUUUGCUUUGUUUUGUUUGCUGCUUAUUUAUUGUCAAAGUGAAGUACCAGAGGGUACAGUUUCAUAU